AGCGUCUUUGCACUGGCUGCUGACUGCAUCAGGACUAGGCUGGCUGGCUGGCUGGCUGCAACAGGAGCAGCUUCUGAAGGCACCUUGGAGGAGCAAUCCUCAGCCCUGCUUUGGAUAAAGCCGAAUUUACUUCUCUCUCCCCCUGGUGUGUGGCUUCUUGGGUGCAUUUUUAUCCUUUUUGCUCCUCUGCAUCCUCUCCCCUCCUCUUCUCUCUCUCUCUUCUUUCCUCCUCUCACUCUUCUCCCCCACUCUCUCUCUCUCUCUCUCUGUCUUUCUCUCACUCUAAUGUGUGAUCUGGAAAGCUUAUAAAAGCCUGAUGUAAUUCUUAAUGCAGCCCCUGGCUACGAGGACUGGAUCUAGUUUCUAUAGAGAGUAGCAAAAAAAAAAUUUAAAUUAUAAAAAAAAAAUAGAGAAGCUUCAGACGCCUAGCAGCAGCAGCGGAUCUUAAGCAAAAGCAUCUCAUGGGGAAGGCGAUCCGGCGUCUUGUUGUGUCACCAGAGCUUGGCCGAAGAAGACUUUGAUUGUUCUAUUGGAUCUAAUCAUUUAUUGGAUUUGUUGUAACUGGGCAUUUUCCAUAAAGGCUUGCGUUCCAUUUUUAUUUUUUUUCCCCCCCCCCGGCUUGUCUACCGUUGGAGGCAAAAAAAAGGGACUGGCUGGGGCUUUGAGACUUUGCACAAUUUUGGUUAUCGUUGGUGGAAAAAGGAUUAUACUUUGGGGUGGGGGUGGGGGGGCUCUUGGCUUAAUACCUGGAAUUUUCUACAGAAGGUGGUGAAGAAUUCUCAAGUGCAAGCAAUCAGAUUGGAGAGUGCGGCCACACGAGGGCGUCUGAGACAAGCAGACCAAGACCGGACUCAUUUUUCCUCCAAGCCUCAUAAACUGCCUUUUUUAUCCUCCUGCUCUACCUGUUAUGUCCAAGAUCUGGCCCCUGCUUGACAAUUACUUUGAAUUCCAAAGGACCAGAGACCUAGGAUGAGGAGCGCUGAAUCUUCCCACCACUUGCUUUUCACGUUGCCGCUUUUUUUCGCCUGGACGGCGGCCAGCCUGGACUUCGGACACAGUUCCUGCACCACGCAAGUGCAGGGGGAAUUUUACGGCUACUUCUCCUCUCUGUCUCUUUUUCCCUUGAACUCUUCGCUGUGCGCUUGGAUUAUCCAGAACCCGGACCCCAGGAGGUACACGCUGUACGUGAAAGUCUCCAAGCCGGCAGGUAUAUGCGACCACCAGCAGAUCAGGACCUCUCAGUUUGACUCUUUCCUGGAGUCCACGCGGACGUACUUGGGGAUGGAGAGUUUCGACGAUGUCUUGAAACUCUGCGACAGUACCAUCCAAUACGCUUUUCUACAGUCCAACAAGCAGUUCCUCCAAAUGAAGCAGACCUUGCCCAAAAAGGAGGACACCCAGCUGCAAUGGAAGACCAACAAGCCUCAGGAGACCGACUUCUCCCUGGAAUACCUGGUUUUGGGCAACCGCAACCCCAGGAAAGCGGCUUGCCAGAUCCUCUGUAAGUGGCUUGACACCUGCCUGAGCAGCAGUAGCAGCUUUCACCCUUGUGGCAUCAUGCAGACACCUUGCUCCUGCCAUGACGGGGAGGUUCAGUCGCAACCGAAUGAGGUGACAAGCUAUACCAAGAAGGACGACUGCUACAAAGAUGGGAUUUACCUGGAGAACUGCAUGAGCAGCUCCCGAGAUAACAGCGCCGGGGAGUUCCAGGGUGGCUGGACUGCAUGGAGCUCCUGGGGGGACUGUAACAGGGACUGCGGGGGCGGGAUCCAGACGAGGAUAAGGUCAUGCCACGCUGUGCCCGAUGAGGCCAACAUCUGUGAAGGGGUCCUGGAGGAGGGCCGUCUCUGCAACAGGAAAGCCUGCAGUGCCAAUGGAAGGUACGACUCCCGCAGUCAGUCUCUCAGGUCCAUCGACAACAAGAAGAAGGACGACGGGGAUGAAUAUCAGUUCGGAUAUCCGGCACCCCAAAUAGGAGACCCGGCGGCGGAGGAGUGGUCUCCCUGGAGCGUUUGCUCCACCACCUGCGGGGAAGGUCUGAAAUCCCGGACGCGGUUCUGCGUCUCGUCCUCGUACAGCACCCAUUGCAGCGGACCUCUGAAAGAACACAAGCAAUGCAACAAUUCCGCCGUAUGUCCAGUACACGGGACCUGGGACGAGUGGUCACCCUGGAGUCUGUGCUCAUCCACGUGUGGACGGGGGUUUCGGGAGAGGACGCGCACCUGUUCCCUGCCUCAGUAUGGGGGGGAUCAGUGUAAAGGACCCGAGAAGCAGACCAAGUUCUGUAACAUUGCCUUAUGUCCAGUUGAUGGGAACUGGAACGAUUGGUCCAGCUGGAGUGCCUGUUCUGUCAGUUGCUCCAAUGGUACUCAGAAGAGAAUCCGCGAGUGCAACGGACCGUCCUAUGGGGGACUGGAGUGUCACGGCCAAUGGUCAGACAUGAGGGACUGCUUCAUAAUGCAAUGUCCUGUUGAAGGGAAGUGGCAGGAUUGGGGAUCCUGGGGAAGUUGCAGCACGACGUGCAAUGGAGGGGUCCAGAGGAGAGAGCGCUCCUGCUACGGCCCAUUUUUUGGUGGACAAGACUGUCCCGGCCCAUCCGAGGAAAACAAGCCAUGCAAUGAGAAGAAGUGCCCAGAGCCUCAUGAGAUUUGCCCGGAGGAAAAUUCAGCAUCCGUCGUUUGGCAAGAGACUCCGGCAGGAGAGAUGGGCGAGGUGCGCUGUCCGCGGAACGCCACAGGUCUGGUUCUGCGGAAGUGCGUUCUGGAUGAGGUGGGAGAGGCGUACUGGGAGAUUCCAACAUACAUCAAAUGUGUCUCCCUUGACUACCGGAAUAUUCAACAGAUGAUUCGGGACCAUCUGACCAAGGCUCAGAGGGGUCAGAAGGGGGAAGGUGUCUCGCAAGUGCUACAGAACCUCGUAGACAUCACUCAGGAAGGAGCCAGUUACAGCGGAGAUGUUCUAUCCACUGUGGACUGUCUGAGAAACAUGACGGAGAUUUUCCGCCGGCCGUACCACAGCCCCACAUCCAAUGACAUACAGAACUUUGUGCAAGUCAUCAGCAACCUGCUCUCCGACGAGAACCGCGACAAGUGGGAGGAGGCGCAGACGGCCGGUCUGAGUGUUAAAGAUCUUUUCAGGUUGAUCGAAGAUUUCAUCGAUGUCAUUGGAUUCAGAAUGAAAGAUUUUAAAGACUCUUACCAAGUGACAGACAACGUGGUAUUGAGCAUCUACAAGCGCCAGGCGGCCAAUCCCAGCGACAUCAGCUUCCCCAUGAAGGGCUGGCGAGGGUUGGUGGAGUGGGCCAGAAACGCGGAAGAUAAAGUCUCCAUUUCCAAGAACUUUCUGUCAAUGGAGGACGCAGACUCCGCAGAUGAUUCCGCCAUGUUUGUGAUCGGAACUGUUCUGUACCGGAACCUGGGAGGAUUCCUGACCCUGCAGAGGAAUGUGACGCUCCUGAACUCCCGGGUGGUCUCGGUGACGGUGAAGCCCUCCCCUCGUGGGACCUCCGUCCCCCUGGAUAUCGAGUUCUCCCACCUGUACAAUGCGACCACCAACCACACCUGCAUCUCCUGGGACGAAACCGACACAUCCUCUAAUCUGGGCUCCUGGUCCUUCAAAGGCUGCCGCACGAUCCCCGUGGAUCCAUUUCAUACUAAAUGCCUGUGUGAUCGCUUAUCCAGCUUCGCCAUUUUAUCCCAGCUCAGUUCAGACAUGAAUAUGGAGAAGGUCCUCGUCCCGUCAGUCACUCUGAUUGUUGGUUGUGGUGUCUCCUCGCUCACCCUUCUGCUUCUCAUCAUCAUCUAUGUGUCGGUAUGGAGGUACAUCCGGUCGGAACGCUCCGUCAUUUUGAUCAACUUCUGCUUGUCCAUCAUUUCCUCCAACGCCUUAAUACUUGUUGGGCAAACGCAGACCAGGAACAAGGUGAUCUGUACCCUGGUGGCCGCCUUCCUUCACUUCUUCUUCCUGUCUUCAUUCUGCUGGGUGCUGACGGAAGCUUGGCAGUCCUACAUGGCGGUGACGGGGCGUCUACGAAACAGGAUCAUCCGCAAACGCUUCCUCUGCCUUGGAUGGGGUCUUCCUGCUCUCGUGGUGGCGAUAUCAGUCGGUUUUACCAAAGCGAAGGGGUACGGCUCAGCGAACUACUGCUGGCUCUCUCUGGAAGGAGGACUGCUCUACGCCUUUGUCGGACCGGCCGCCGCUGUUGUUUUGGUGAACAUGGUCAUCGGCAUUUUAGUAUUCAAUAAACUGGUAUCCAAAGACGGAAUCACUGACAAGAAGCUCAAGGAGCGGGCAGGUCAGAUGACAAUGCCUCUUUACGGCAUGACCCUCAAAUGUUCCAAGUGCGGAGUUCUGUCCUCGGCAGAAGUGUCGGCCACAGCCACCAGUAAUGCCAUGGCGUCGCUGUGGAGUUCCUGCGUGGUGCUGCCGCUCCUGGCACUGACGUGGAUGUCCGCCGUCCUCGCCAUCACGGACCGCCGCUCGGCCCUGUUUCAGAUACUUUUUGCUGUCUUUGAUUCGUUGGAGGGGUUCGUCAUCGUUAUGGUGCACUGCAUCCUGCGGCGAGAGGUGCAGGAUGCUGUGAAGUGUCGAGUCGUUGAUCGUCAAGAAGAAGGGAACGGCGACUCGGGCGGCUCCUUCCAGAAUGGACACGCUCAGUUAAUGCUGGAGGAAGCCAAUAACCCGUACAUCUGCACGGCCAUGGUGGGGCUGAAAGACAAGAAAGCGGCGUCUGAAUUCGAGAAAGACGUGGACCUGGCAUGUCGAUCAGCCCUUAGCAAAGACAUCUCUACAUGUAGGACAUCCACCAUUACGGGGACUUUAAAACGCCCAUCACUGCAAGACGAAGAAAAGAUGAAGAACCACCAAAAGGGGUCGAACUUCAACAGUCUUCCAGCCAACGUCUCCAAAAUGCAUCUUCAAGGCUCUCCGCAUUAUCUUGGAAGCAUUAAUCUCAACGAGUAUAAUAACCACACGCUCACCCUAAAAAAAGACAAGAACCAGCCCCCAAAGCCCAUGUACAUGUGCGAAGGGGACAUCUUUAAAAAGUUAGACUCUGAGCUGACCAGAGCGCAGGAGCAGUCGAUGGACACCAGCUACGUCAUUUUACCCAGCAACACGGCCACCUUGAGGGCCAAGCCAAAGGAGGACGGCAAAUACAGCAUGAACAUUGACCAGAUGCCGCAGACCCGGCUCAUUCAUCUCAACAUGGGCGAUCCCACCUACAUGGUGAAGAGUCCACCCAGGGAACGCAUGGGCAUGAAAUGUCCUGAGCAAGGUUCUCCCAUGCAGAAGCAUCAGCUGCACCCCAGCGAGUCUCAGAUCCCGAUGGGGCUGUGCGAAAAGGUAGAAUUAGGGACAGCGGGUAUUGUCCCAAAAAACGAGAACAUCGCGACGCUAUCGAUGAGCUCUUUAGAGAGAAGAAAGUCGCGGUAUGCAGAACUAGAUUUUGAGAAAAUUAUGCACACCAGGAAACGUCACCAGGACAUGUUCCAGGACUUAAAUCGGAAACUGCAGCAUGCGGAGAAGGAGUCUCCACCAGCGGAGAGCAAGAUGGAGAAACAGCAGACACCCAGCAAGAGGUCUUGGGAAGGAAUGAGGAAGAUUCAGUCUCCGCCAUCUUGGGUUAAAAAGGACAUGGAGCCAGUGUCACCUUCUCCCUUAGAACUAAAGACUGUGGAGUGGGAAAAAACUGGGGCGACGAUACCUCUGGUGGGGCAAGACAUAAUCGAUCUUCAGACUGAGGUCUGAAGCUUAAGAAAAAGACUUCUUUUUAUUUUUAAAGAAUAUGGUUCCAUAUAAAAACGGAGAGAUGUUUGGUUUCUUUUGAAACCUCGUUAAAGUACUUUUUUGCAUUGUUCUCAGAAGGGAUAUUCCGUUUAGGCUCUUAGAGGUAGACACAACGUGCUCUUUCUCCCGGGGUGUGGCAAAACGACAAAAAGAAAAGAAAAAAAAGAUGACGUAUUGGCUGAUCGGCCAGAUGAUGAGGCGAAGUGGACGGAGAUCAACUUUGGAAAAGAGUCGUUGGCCUUCAAGCGGAGGUGACACUGAGGAAUCCACGAUGGUUGGCUGGCAAUUAUUUCAAAAAAACAAAAAUCUUCUUCGACAAAAAAUAAAUAAAAAAAAGACGUUCAAUAGCUUCCGAUAGCAAUUAACAAGCAUAUAGUACUUUGGUGUAUUAUAUAAAAAGAUCUCGGGGGGCCAGCUAUUAUAGAAUCAGACCUAAAUCUUCAGUGAUGUAAUACCUUGCUUGAGUAUCUCCAUAACGUAUGUUUUGGUUUCAACCACAAAAAAAAAAACCCUGCUAGAGCUGGCCCUGAAAACUGGGUCCUGGUUAUCCUUGACUAGUCUGAGUAGAUAGAACCAAAUAAAAAAAAUAAAUAAAAAAUAAUUAAUAAUAAUUGAACCCAGCAGAGUGAGGCUUUAUACCUAGAUCAAGUGAAGAUUCGAUGUUGAAUGGAAGUCUUUGACUGUUAUAAAGAGAACCGCAUAAGAAUUCCUUUUGGUUGACCAAUCUUCACCCCUCUGCUAGGUCAAGCAGAUGACAUUUUUUUUUUGUUACGAUAAGAUUGUUCUAAGCAAAAACGUUAAUAUAUAUAGUUUUGUAACAAUGGCUUGUGGGACUUGACGGACUGCAUUAAAAAAAAUAAAAAAAAAAUAAAAAAUUAAGCUAUGGAGACCCAAUAAAGUGUUCCCAAACUUUAGAGCACUUGUUUCUUUGCUCUUCUCCUUUUCGAGAAAACAUUUCCAUUUGACCAAGAAACUCCGAAAGGACGAGGUUUUCGCCUGGUUGGCGGUUGGUUGAGGAGUCUACAGCAACUUGACCGCUUCUUCAAUAAAUGUCCGCG